AUGGAAGCGAGCUUUGUCCAGACCACCAUGGCUCUGGGGCUGUCCUCCAAGAAAGCGUCUUCCCGCAACGUGGCCGUGGAGCGUAGGAACCUGAUUACCGUGUGCAGGUUCUCUGUGAAAACACUGCUGGAGAAGUACACAGCAGAGCCCAUCGAUGACUCAUCCGAGGAGUUUGUGAAUUUUGCAGCCAUCUUAGAGCAGAUCCUCAGCCACCGUUUCAAAGCCUGUGCCCCAGCAGGUCCGGUGAGCUGGUUCAGCUCAGACGGGCAGCGGGGCUUCUGGGACUAUAUCCGGCUGGCCUGCAACAAAGUGCCCAACAACUGUGUGAGCAGCAUCGAGAACAUGGAGAACAUCAGCACAGCUCGAGCCAAGGGCCGGGCAUGGAUCCGGGUAGCACUGAUGGAGAAGCGCAUGUCGGAAUAUAUCACUACAGCUCUGCGGGACACCCGGACCACCAGACGUUUCUAUGACUCAGGAGCCAUCAUGCUGAGGGAGGAAGCCACGGUCCUCACUGGGAUGCUGAUAGGACUGAGCGCCAUAGACUUCAGCUUCUGCCUAAAGGGUGAAGUGCUGGACGGCAAGACCCCCGUGGUCAUCGAUUACACGCCCUACCUAAAGUUCACCCAGAGCGGCGCUCCGCAGGGCUACCUGGAGGAGCUGGUGCGUCUGCGCGAGUCGCAGCUGAAGGACCUGGAGGCGGAGAACCGGCGGCUACAGCUGCAACUGGAGGAAGCGGCGGCGCAGAACCAGCGCGAGAAGCGGGAGCUGGAAGGCGUGAUCCUGGAGCUGCAGGAGCAGCUGACAGGUCUGAUCCCUGGUGACCACGCUCCCCUGGCCCAGGGUUCCAAGGAGCUCACCACACCCCUGGUCAACCAAUGGCCAUCACUGGGAACCCUCAAUGGGGCAGAGGGUGUCAGCAAUCCCAAGCUCUACCGGAGACACAGUUUCAUGAGCACGGAGCCACUAUCAGCUGAAGCCAGUCUGAGUUCAGACUCCCAGCGCCUGGGAGAAGGCAAGCAAGACGAGGAGCCCUGGGGCCCCAUCGGGAAGGACCCCACGCCCUCCAUGCUGGGCCUCUGCGGCUCCUUGGCUUCCAUCCCCAGCUGCAAGUCCCUGGCGAGCUUCAAAUCCAACGAGUGCCUGGUGAGCGACAGUCCUGAGGGCAGCCCAGCACUGAGUCCCAGCUGAACAGUGUGGGUUGUGCCAGCCCCACCUGCCAGGCAGAGACACCUGCCACCUUUCCUCAGAGUCCCCCAAUCCAGGCCAUCUUUCCAGAGAAUGCUGCACACCCAGCUAAGGGUCUCUUGGAAAAGAAACCUUUGCUUCUGGUUUUAGCUUCCUGCCCAAGGAAACCAGGGCUGCCAAAGGAAGCCUGCUGGGUAGGAAGGUAGGGUCUCCAAGGCCACAGGAAGUCCUUGGGGAAGUCUGUUCCAUUCUUCUGGUGACUCUGAUGCCUGGCUGGGUCCCUCCAGGGACUCUCCUUCACCAUCUCCCCCACCCUCCUCAGGAGCUGGUGGCCCAGCCUCAGCACCUUCAUCUCCCCCACCUCUCCUGUCUGUCCCUGUAUUCAUCCUCUGGAGUCACUUCUUCCUCAGCCCCCAGUGUAGGGGCUCUGAGGGGAUCAGGCAAAUAAAAACCAGAGGACUGAGGGAAGCUUUGUCUGUGGGGGCUGGGGCAGGACCCUGUCCUGAGGUUGGCAGAAUGUGGCAGAGCUAGUGCUGGGCCCAUUACCAACAUGAUGCCGGAUCACACAGAAUCAAGUGUGCAUGCAGCAGGAACAGACA